AGCACGGCCCGACCGGGCAAGGGCGAGGGAAGGCGAGCAGCGGACGCCCCAAAGCCGGGGCGGGCUGGCGCGGGGUCCCCCGCGCCCCACGACCUUUCUCCGAGUUCCCCCGCGGACACCGCUGGCCCCGUGCCCCAACCCCCCCAACCCCAGCCUAGCGGCGUAGCGCUGCGCGGCCGCUCCCGCUCCGUCCUUGGAGGGUGUGGAAGGGUGGGUUUGGGGCCGGGGGCGGGUCUGGGGGCGGACCCGGAGGCGGGGCUGUCUCUGCGGCAGGGCCCUGCUCGGCUCCCCCCGGUCUCUCUCUGUCUCUCCUCCUCCCUCCUCCUGCUCCGGGCGGAGCCCGGCAUGGGGGGGCCGGCGCCCGGCAGGCCAGUGGAUCCGGGACCCAGGGAGGGCCGCCCCCCGGGCCUGGUGGUGCUGAGCAGGGCCCCUCAGCCCCCACCUCCUGCCCCACGACAUGAACCUCCUCUACCGAAAAACCAAGCUGGAGUGGCGGCAGCACAAGGAAGAGGAGGCCAAAAGGAGCUCCAGUAAGGAGGUGGCUCCCUCAGGCCCAGCAGGGCCCGGGGCUGGCCCAGGGCCCGGGGUCCGUGUGCGGGACAUCGCCUCGCUGCGCCGCUCUCUCAGGAUGGGCUUCAUGACGAUGCCCGCCUCCCAGGAGCAUACCCCCCACCCCUGCCGCAGCGCCAUGGCCCCACGCUCCCUCUCCUGCCACUCAGUGGGCAGCAUGGACAGUGUGGGGGGUGGGCCUGGAGGGGGCGGGGGAGGCCUCACAGAGGACAGCGGCCCCCGAAGACCCCCGGCCAAGCCCCGGAGACACCCCAGCACCAAGCUGAGCAUGGCGGGGUCGGGGGCAGAGACGCCCCCCAGCAAGAAAGCAGGCUCACAGAAGCCAACCCCAGAGGGCCGAGAGUCCAGCCGGAAGGUUCCUCCACAGAAGCCCAGGCGAAGCCCCAACACCCAGCUUUCUGUCUCCUUCGAUGAGUCCUGUCCCCCAACACCCUCUCCUCGAGGGGGGAACCUGCCCCUUCAGCGCCUCAGUAGGGGGUCCUGCGUAGCUGGGGACCCUGAGGUGACGGCCCAGGAAGAAGAGCCUGUGUACAUUGAGAUGGUGGGGGAUGUCUUCAGGGGAGGAGGGCGAAGUGGAGGGGGCCUGACCGGGCCCCCUCUUGGGGGUGGGGGCCCAACCCCUCCAGCUGGCGCCGACUCGGACUCAGAAGAGAGUGAGGCCAUAUAUGAGGAGAUGAAGUACCCGCUGCCUGAGGAGGCAGGGGAAGGCCGGGCCAAUGGGGCCCCUCCAUUGACGACAACCUCCAUGCCACACCAGCCUCACGCCCUUCAGCCCCACACCCACCGCCGGCCAGCUUCAGCCCUUCCAAGCCGGAGGGAUGGGACGCCCACCAAGACCACUCCUUGUGAAAUCCCCCCGCCCUUCCCCAACCUCCUCCAGCACCGUCCUCCACUCCUGGCCUUCCCCCAAGCCAAGUCUGCUUCCCGAACCCCUGGCGAUGGGGUCUCGAGGCUACCGGUCCUCUGCCACUCCAAGGAGCCAGCUGGCUCCACCCCAGCUCCCCAAGUGCCUGCCCGGGAGCGGGAGACGCCUCCCCCACCGCCACCGCCUCCCGCUGCCAACCUGCUGCUGCUGGGACGGGAGCUCCCCAAUUCCCACAGCAUGAUCUGCCCCAAGGCAGCAGGGGCGCCGGCAGCCCCUCCUGCCCCGGCUGCCUUGCUUCCCGGCCCCCCCAAGGACAAGGCUGUGUCUUACACCAUGGUGUACUCAGCAGUCAAAGUGACCACGCACUCCGUCCUGCCAGCUGGUCCACCCCUGGGGGAGCCAAAGACGGAGAAAGAGAUCUCAGUCCUCCAUGGGAUGCUGUGCACCAGCUCCAGGCCGCCGGUGCCCGGGAAAUCCAGCCCCCACAGCGGGGCCAUGGGUGCAGCAGCUGGGGUUCUCCACCAUCGCGCCUGCCUGGCCUCCCCUCACAGCCUUCCGGACCCAACUGCAGGCCCCCUGACCCCCCUCUGGACCUACCCAGCUGCAGCAGCUGGGCUCAAGAGACCCCCUGCCUACGAGAGCCUUAAGGCUGGGGGGGUGCUGAAUAAGGGCUGUGGAAUGGGGGCUCCAUCCCCCAUGGUCAAGAUCCAGCUUCAAGAGCAAGGGACCGAUGGGGGGGCCUUUGCCAGCAUCUCCUGUGCCCACGUCAUCACCAGUGCAGGAACACCGGAGGAGGAAGAAGAGGAGAUGGGUGCCACAACAUUUGGGGCAGGCUGGGCUCUGCAGAGGAAGGUCCUGUAUGGAGGGAGGAAGGCAAAAGAGCUGGACAAGGUUGAGGACGGUGCCCGGGCCUGGAAUGGCAGUGCCGAGGGUCCCAGCAAGGUGGAUCGUGAGGACAGAAGCCCUAUGGCAUCAGGGAUCCCAGUGAGGAGCCAGGGGGCAGAGGGCCUGCUGGCCAGGAUCCACCACGGAGCGGACCGAGGAGGGAGCCGCACGGCGCUGCCCAUACCCUGCCAGACCUUCCCUGCCUGCCACCGCAACGGAGACUUCACGGGAGGCUACCGCCUGGGGCGCUCCGCCUCCACCUCCGGAGUCCGGCAGGCCGCGCUCCACACCCCCCGGCCCUGCAGCCAGCCCAGGGAUGCCCCGAGCCAGGUGAGGAAGGAGACGGGGUUGGGCUUUUUAAUCUGUGAAGGAGCUGCAGGAAAAAGAAGGCCCGGGUGUGGAAAGAAAGGCAAGAGGUCAGGCUGGGGCCUGGCACAAACUAAUAGGGACCGCUGGAGAGUGAGGGGGUAGGGGAGAGCCUGGGAAGAGGCUGCUUAAGACGCGCAGCCAGACAGGCCCGCCACCGGCUCUACGUGCGCCUGUGUGCGCUUAGAAAAAAGACACCCUCUUUGGAUGGAAAAAUGCAUCCCACUAGGAAGACAAUUUUCAAGACACCCUUUGCUCAGGGUGAGACAGGCCCCCCCCUAGUACCACGGUGCAGGGAGAGAGGACAGAGGCCUGGGGGCAAGAGACGACUUGUUUCUGGGCGACGCAUUGGUCUCGGCGGUGGGGACAGGGCCGGGUGACUCUGAGGUCCUUGACCCCCCCUUAUUCCUUCCUCCGCCCCGCCCCCCGCCGCGU